AAUUUUUCUUUUUUCACAACAAACGAAAGGAAACAUUUUUAUUUUGAAGACGAAUGCUCUUUAAAAGAAUAAGGGUUGUUGCAGAUUAUACAGCCUACACGAGGCAAAUCCGGAUUAAAGACAGACAGACAGAAUGUUUUAUUGACAGGCGUCAUACGAGCGCUUUCGACCAUGAAUUCAGCAGAUGUCGGUAAAAUUUUAGCUGCGACCUCAACCGCUAAGUACUUCAUAGAGUACGGAGGUUUCCUUUCAAACCAUGUUUCGCACGGAGUUAUUGCCCUUCAUCGGUUAGAAGCAUCGCCGGAUCACAUCCAGCGUUUCGUUGACGAUUUACUUCCAAAAUUGGAGGACACAAAUUCAGACAAGCCAGACAGUCGUUCUUUUGAAGAACUAAGAGGCCAACGCGUUGGAUAUUACUCGUUAUUACAGCAUUAUGAUCAUUUAUUGUUAGACAUAGGUGGCGACGUGGAGAAAUUGAUCCGAGAAGAGUAUCCGAAAGUGAAUGCAGGUCUGGCUGGUUCCGCGCUACAUGGUACAAUACACCUUGGGUAUGCCUAUGCAGCCGGAUACAAGCAAGGAAUUCUAGAAGGCUUGGCCUACACGUAUCACUCAUACAGACCCGUAGUUUCCAAGAGGUCAAUGGAAGAGUUGUCACACUUUGGAAACGGAAAUACGGAUAUACUAUCGGUACUGAAAAACGUGAGGAAAAAACAUGAUCUAUUUUAUGCGAUGCAAAUGGGCAGUGAAAAAGAAGAAUACUCCUCACUUGGACUGGGUAAGUUCCAAAGAAAUGUGUGUUACCUGCUAAAAGAAAAGGGCGAAGUUUUGUACGACCAUCUCCUUUCUUUGAAAUUGGAUGCCACAGUUCGAAACGCUGACGGGGAACUUGAUCCAGUACAACUUGCGAGAAGGCUCGUGUACUGGUCAACAAUGAUUUACAUCUUGGCCGAGAAGAAAAAUGACUUCUUUCUUCUUCAUGGUGUUACUUGUGCAUGGGCAUUGCAUACCAUUAUACCUAUACUCAGAAAACUGGACGGCAUUGUAGGUUUACGUCACUAUGUCGCCGUUCUUAUUGCCGUUUAUAUUGCUCAAGGCGCCCCGGCCCUUACGUCAGAACUGAAGACGUGUGACGUCAUUGAUGUCAAAGGUGAAUGGGAUAAUAUUGUCAGUCAGACCCUCGAUACGUGUACGGACGAGCAUUGUUACAAACUGGUUCAAGUUUGUCGUGAGAUGGCUCAGGACGCUCAACGCUACGGCGAAGACGUCAACGUGUACAUGCAGGCCGCACGUAACGUGAUUGAACAUGGGUUCUUUUAUGAGUGACUUCGUAACAUCAUUUGAGUUGACGUCUUGUUUACUGACUUCGGAACUUAAUUGAGCAUGACAUAUUGAGUGUACAAAUAUGGAACACAAAUAUGGUAUGCAUUAUGCAUGGUAUUUUUUCUUGUUGUAAAUUGUACAUACGUGCUUAAUAGACCUAUUAUUAUCUUGUGUAUUGGUAUGUUUUAAGUCAACACGGACAUUUAACGUGGGCACAUGUUGAAUAAGUAUAUGUUAAACUUAUAUAAAUGACACAGUAGUGUGUUGUUUGAGUUGUUUUUAAGAGGUAAAUGUCUGCAGUUUUCACUUCUUUUUUACUUUGAAAUCAAUUAAUGCCGCGUUGGCCUAUAAUUGUUGUAGACAAUAUUUGCUUAUAACUUAUGUUGUUUUCGCAUAUUAAGAUUGUGAAAAUACCAGUAAGUCUAUACCCGAUACGUACGCAAUCGACACACUUUAUUGAACAUUAUCCCCCGAGUGAUUGUCAGCAGAUUAUAAUUAUUAUUAUAUUCAAGAGAUGUGCUGCAUUUAUACGACUAUUAUAUCUGUUUUGCAUUGCCUUUUCGUGAUAAAUUAAAAUGAAACUCAAGUAUUUAUCAAAAGUAGUUUUUAUU